AUGUCACGCAAGCCACGCCUCCUCAGCGAGACUGAACUCCGGCGCUUCGAGGACCGCGCCGACGAGAACGCCAAGCUCGCGGAUUGCUGGGCCAGUGACCAGGUCGUCGUCAUCGCGUGCGAGCCCACGAGCGCCUACAAGACGGCACGCGUCUCCGUCCUGCCGGCCCUUCAGCUCGACAUUCUGUCCCCGGCCGCGAAUCCGGUGCUGCCCUCCCUCACCAGCGCGGCGCGUCCCUCGCGGCACUUCUGCCGACGGACGAUUCGGCUGCUGGAGCGGCCCAACGGGAUGAAGGACGACGUCUACCGGCCGCAGCCGUUUGUAUCGGACACGGGCGUGUACCACAGGUACGAGAUGUACAUCGAGGACGCCAAGGCGAAGGCGCAGGCGGUUUUCGACGAGCUGCGCGCGGGAUACGCCUCUGUCUGCGUUGCGAGCUGUUACAUCGACAAGACGGCGGCUGGGUUCGAGACCUUUGGCGUCAGGGUCCCGCCGACGACGGUGUUUGUCGAUUUGAUCAAGGUGUUGGAACAUCAGACGAAGGGAAGCGGGAUCCCGGAGGAGUUGAGGUCGGACGAGGCCGAGAACGUGACGGAGCGGAAAGGGAGAUACGGCGGACACCCCGGCGGUUUUGUGGAUCGUUAUGGCAUGUAUACUGUUCGGCUGCUGGAGCUGCUUGGCCCCGCGGCCGAGGACCACCGGCUGGAUUUCAGAAGGGUCGAGAGGGAAGACACGGCGUUGAAGAGGAUUUCGGCUAGGUUUCGGAACGGAUAG